AUGGCGGCAGCGGCCACCGAGAAGAAGCGCCCAGUCAAGGGCACUAAGCAGCCGGUCAGGCUCUAUGUCCGAGGCAUUGUCCUCGGUUAUCAGCGGUCUAAGGUGAACCAGAACCCAUCUCGUUCUCUUUUGCAAUUGGAAAAUGUGAAGACCAGAAAGGACACCGCCUUCUACCUGGGCAAGCGCGUUGCAUAUGUGUACAAAGCGAAGACAGAGAAGAAGGGAACCAAGUUUAGGACAAUCUGGGGAAAGAUCUGCCGCCCCCACGGCAACAGCGGCGUCGUGCGCGCCCGCUUCAGGAAGAACUUGCCCCCCAAGUCCUUUGGAGGUCGUGUGCGUGUCUUCUUGUAUCCUUCCAACAUCUAA